AAGGGGACAUGCUUAGCGAGUACACGUCGUAGAUUAUAUUAUACAUCAGUCAUUGUAAGCGGUUAAUGUAUAUGUGUGAAUGCUUCUAUUUGCGAAUGGUGCAAUGGAGCGAAUGUGACUGGUUCGAUUCAUAACUGGAUUAUUGUUUUUACGUCAAAUAAAGCCACUUUUUUUGCUUCACAAUGGAAGAACGAGGACAAAGGCGCCGGGUGAACUGCUGGUGGCUGGCCGGGGUUUUGUUGCUGUGCUUUGAGGAGCGGGUUUUGGCUCAGCUAAGAUACUCGGUUCCGGAGGAAGCGCAAGUGGGAUCCGCUGUCGGAAAUGUUGCCAAGGAUUUAGGGCUCGACACAAGCACUUUGACUGACAGGCGGUUUCGCAUCGUUUCGGGUCCGAAUCAUGCUCUGUUUCAGUUGAAUCAGAACACUGGAGUGUUGUAUGUGGGGGAAAUAAUGGACCGCGAAGAAAUCUGCGAUGGGACCAAGGUUUGUUUGAUAAACCUGAAAAUUGUUGUCGAAAGCCCACUGGAAAUACAUUACGUUGGCGUUGAAAUAACGGAUGUAAAUGACCACGCACCGACGUUUCCAGAAAACGAGCAGCGACUGGAAAUAGCAGAGCACACUCCCCCAGGUACCCGUUUCCAAAUCCAUGCAGCUAGAGACCCCGAUGUCGGCACACAGUCAGUUCGAGUAUAUAAAUUGAAACAAAAUGAAUUUUUUGAUACAGACGUGAGAGACAGCGAGGGCGACAAAAUACCGUUUUUAGUGCUGAGGAAGCCUUUGGACAGGGAGCAAAAGGCAGAGCAUGAUUUAAUAUUAACGGCUAUGGAUGGAGGCAGUCCGUCCAAAUCUGGGAGUCUUAACAUAACGAUCACUGUACUAGAUGCAAAUGAUAAUCGGCCCGUGUUCAGCAAAGAUACAUACACUGUGUCAUUAGAUGAAAAUGCCCCGAUUGGAACACUUGUGAUACAAUUGAACGCUACAGAUUUAGAUGAAGGUUUGAAUAGCCAAAUUGAAUACACAUUUGGAAAAACACAAAAGAAGAAAGUGCACGAUACCUUUGAAUUAGACAGUUUGACUGGUGAGAUUCGAGUGAAAGGAAAAGUGGACUUUGAGGACACGGAGAUUUACAAACUAGACCUGCAGGCUUCAGAUAAGGGUCAGCUGCCCUGGACGGCCGAAAGUAGAGUUGUGAUAAAAAUUAAAGAUGUGAAUGAUAAUAAACCAGAGAUUGAAGUGACUUCACUUUCAAACGUUGUCCCCGAGGAUUCAAAGCCCGGCACUGUUAUCUCUCUCAUUAGUGUUACGGACAGAGACUCUGGUGUUAAUGGGAAAGUUAUUUGUAAAAUCUUGGACAAUGUUCCUUUUGAUUUGACGCCAUCCAUUGAGGAAAACAUGUACUCUCUCGUCACAAAGGGGCGUUUGGACCGAGAAACCGUGUCACAUUAUGACAUCACGAUAAGAGCUACUGACGGUGGGGAUCCUCCACUUUCCUCUGAAAAAUCCUUGCGCGUUCAGGUGUCAGACGUAAAUGACAACAGACCAGUUUUCAGUCAGAAUCCAUUUGAACUUUAUUUGGUAGAAAACAAUGCUCCAGGUACGUCAAUAUUUUCUGUAACUGCUGCUGAUACUGAUCUGAAUGAAAAUGCAGCAAUAACGUACCACAUUGUGAGACGGGAUGCGUUGCAGGGUGAUAUGAUAUCUUACCUGAACGUAAACUCAGAAAACGGACAAAUAUCCGCGCUGAAAAGUUUCGACUUUGAAACACUGAAAACUUUCCACUUCCACGUUGUUGCGUCAGAUUCCGGAACUCCGUCACUGAGCAGCAACGUCACAGUGAACGUGUUCAUUCUGGAUCAGAACGACAACGCUCCAGUCAUCCUGUAUCCAGUCAGCUCCAACGGUUCUGCUGAAGGUGUGGAGGAGAUUCCCCGCAACGUGAACGCAGGACACUUGGUGACUAAAGUCAGAGCCUAUGACGCUGAUAUAGGAUAUAACGGCUGGUUACUGUUCUCACUGCAGGAAGUGACUGACCACAGUCUCUUUGGUUUGGACCGCUACACAGGACAGAUCAGAACACUUCGCUCAUUCACAGAGACAGACGAGGCUGAGCACAAACUGAUCAUACUGGUGAAAGACAACGGGAACGUUUCUCUCUCAGCAACAGCUACUGUGAUUGUCAAACUCGUGGAGCCCAAAGAGGCUUUUGCAGCUUCUGACGUUAAGAGUUCAACAAAAGCAGAUGAAGACAACAAUGUGACUUUUUACCUGAUGAUAACUUUGGGCUCAGUUUCAGCACUUUUUCUCAUCAGCAUCAUCGUGUUGAUUUCAAUGCAGUGCUCAAAAUCCUCCCCAGACUAUACUUCUAAAUAUCUACAAGAGACUAAUUAUGAUGGGACACUGUGUCACAGCAUCCAGUACAGAUCUGGAGACAAACGCUACAUGUUAGUUGGACCCAGGAUGAGUAUAGGAUCUACUAUAGUCCCAGGAAGUCAUGCGAACACACUGAUGCUCCCUGACAGGAGGAGGACAUCGGAGGAGGUAAGAGCUUGA